AUGCUCAAGUUUCGGCUCAAACUCUGCGUUAUUUUCUUGAUUUUUGUGCCAAUUGCCAAAGCGGGUGAUGUGAACACCACAAAGUUGUUGGCGGAUGUUUUGGACCAUUGCUAUGCACGUCAUAAGUCGCCAAUUCCGACGGAGAACAUGGCAAAAUUGCUGGUGAAACGGUCGAUUCAAGCGAUGCGGAAUACUGUAGCAACGGAUGGAGUUGCGAAUACUGUAACGGAGCGUCCAAAUUUAGAAAAUUUGAUGGCUAAUGCAACGAAGAAAAUGAUGGAUCAUACAGAUAGACCCAUCACGAGAUACGUUCCUUCGCCUCAAGUCUCGGCGAAAUGUAAUUUGGCCCUGGUGAUGGUGACAAUGGAGAUUGCACUAAAUUUUACAAAUGUGGCGCCUGUAAUUUGUCCGAGUAAGUUGUCAUACAUGGCAUACUACUAUAUUAUGUGCCAGUCUGUCGGGAAAAUAAUGAGUAUACUAUGUCGCAACGUUGAUCUCGUCGCUGAAGUGAAAUGCAAUUUGAUUUUGCCGCUGCGUAAUUAAUUUUCUGGGCGGCGAUGCGAUUUUCGAUGCGACAUAGUGCUUGUUAUUUUCCCGACAGAAGCAUAGGCCCCGAGAGCGACGUCUUGAUUUUUAUUAAAUUUUGUGAACUCAUUAAUUCCGGGAAGGUUUAUCUUGCGCUAUACAUAGAAUGCAUGCUAUAACGUCUAAAUAAUGACCACCGUGAUGCGUAGAAAACUGCAUCGCCACCGAAAAAACAAUAAAAAAAAACAAAAAUGUGUCGCGGCAAAAUCAAAUUGUUUUCACUUCGGCGAUUGGCACAGCGACUUUUUGGUCAUUAUUUUCCCGACAGACUGAUAAGCACCCAAUAAAAGUUACGAAGAAUUAUACUUUUCAGUCGUUGAGUCAACCGGUCGGCCCGGUCCGGAUCUUUUGAAAGGCAACACAAUAUGGAAGGGGGCUCGGACAACAUGUGAGAGCGUUCAAAAUUACAAAGUCAAUGCGGCUGUGAAUGUGACUCUGGGCCUUCAUCGGUAGGUGACUUACUUAUGAUUCCAUGUAAUAGCUGAAGCUGUAAAAUAAUAUAUUUCCUGGUAGUAGUCGUAUUUUAAAAUUUGUCAGAGGUCUCUUGAAAUUUUUUCUUUUCAGCGCAACUCUAAAUCCCAAGAAGCUCUCUCCCAAUGGAAGUUGCGAAUGUCAUGGCCCAACCAGUAUCGACUGGGAGUUCUGUUUCUUCGACAUUUGCAGCCCAGAGGAUAUACGAUUGAUCUUGGGUGAGAGAGCGCCCAAACAAGUUAAUGAGGUCGUUUGCGACAUUGUGAAAUAUACUCCAUACAAGUUUGAGUUCACUCUUGGACGGAUUGUUUUUCUGUGAGUCUGAUACUUUUGUUUUGAGAUACCUUUGGAACACAGGAUUUAACUACAUAUUUUGCACCAUAAUAGUAAUAAAAAUAUGGUUGUAAGGAAUCAACGAUGCGAUUUUCGAGGAGACAGAGUGCUCACUAUUUUCCCGACAUGGUGCAUUUUACAACCUUAUCAUUAUAAAAGACGUCCAGUUUACCUCAUUGCUCAUCAAAAAUUUUAAAACCACUCGACUUUUUCAGCUCCAUAAUUGCGUUGUACCUUCUCAUCUCUCUUGGUAUUUCCAUCUUUACCGUGAUUUCCUUUCCUCCCGGAAGCACAGUCGAUGAUGUCAGAGACAAUUCCAGUAAGAUUUUUACAGCUUUUUGCAUCACUUUCCCUCCAAAUUUCAUCCAAAAAAUCGUUUAAUUUCAGCGAACUUCAUGCGAAUCUUGGUCGCAUUCUCUAUUCCCUUUAAUUUAUUCAAGUUUUUCUCAACUCCCCUCAGGGCAUUUGACUCAAAUUCUCUAAAUAUUUUGGCCGCAUUGAGCUUGAUUUGGCUGAUUUUGGGCGAGGCCUCCAACUUGUACACGAAUUACGGACGAAAUCCGCUGGAUGUCAGCGCUACGUUGAAGACGAUUACAAGUCAGGCGAAGACGCAGUUCCGGAUCACUUUUGAGACCUUUAUCUUUAUACUGGCUGCCAAAAUCGGACUUUAUUUUUACAAAAAUGUGAGGGAGAGACAGUACGAAGGGGAGAAAAGGAGACCAAAUGUUCGACAAUUCGCCCUCAGGGCAUGGAAAGGGUUUUUACCGUGAGUUGAUUUUUUGGUCGCUUUAUGUGGUUCUAUAAGGUAUUUCUGUAUAACUUCUUGCAGAUUUGCUCUGGUUUAUUUUUUGAUCAUCCUCGCCUAUGUGAUGAUUAUUCGAGAGUAUUUGACGACUGAAAUGCCCCUACUUCACCGAACGAUGGGGGAAGAAGACAAGUGCCGGGAUUUCUAUUUCAAUUUCUUGUUUAUCAACAAUUUUGUGGGAAAAGUAAGUCAAUUAAAAUCAAAACAGUCGAAAUAUUCAACAAUCUUUACCGCCAAGAGAGCACGCAAAAUGAGGAGAGUCGGUCAGAGAAAAACAAUUUUUUUGGCCGUAAGCUUACCGGUUUCGCGGGGAAAAAACAGUUUUUUUUGUGGAAAGUUUAGCCUCUACGGUUGUCAUGAGUAUGAGUUCCAAGGUUCGAUAAAUCCACAUUAUUUCCCCGACAGAAUGACAACACACAUAAGGUUUUUGGGCCCUUCCUGAUCCAUUGUACAGAGAUUUCAAUGUUCUGUUUCAACAAAAACAAACUUUUUCAGUGCCUUCCCAACACUUUCAUCAUCCCGUUGGGCCUUCAGUUGGCCCUGUUCCUAACGCUCCUGUACGUCGGACUCUCCAAAGUCCACAAGAUGGCUGCAUUUGGAGCACUCGCUUCGCUGGUAGUGCUCUCAGCCGUAACUCGAGGAUUACUCGUCUAUUUCUAUGACCUGCCGCCCACUUACAUUGCUGGCUACGAUAUUGUCGACAAGGAGAAAUUCGACUUCUUCAAGAACAACAUCUACAAGCUCCCCUGGAACUACAUUGCGGCAUUUGCUUGUGGAUUAAUUUAUGGGUGUUACAAGACAAGUGAUGUCUUUUCGAGGUUCAGAAAUGUGCCGUGCGUAAGUUGGUGGGGUUGAAAUACGGUUUCCUUGCCGUCGUUGAGCCGCUACGGCCAGACAAAAAAAAUCGGGUAAGACAAAAAAAUCGGGCCGGGCAUAUGUUUAAUCGGGCUGAACAAGUAGGCCCGGCCCCUUUCCUAAAAUUUUUAAGGUGGCUCUGCCAACAAAAAAAUUGUCUUGCUUGGCAACCGGGGUUCAGGCCGAAACCCUAAUUUCGAGCUUGAAUUCCGGCCCGAGUAGCAGACAUGAGGCCGGGCUUCGGGACCCAAAAAUUUGUAAAUUUUAGGCCCGGUCCAUUUCAGGUCUUGAAACGAAAAAUUCGGAUGCCAAUUUUGGGUUUUUGGCCAUAGGUCCCCACGGACCGGGCCGAGAUUUGAAAAAUUCAAAAAGCCUGGGCCGGGCCGACUUUGAUGGCGCGGAGCCGGCUGCCAGGAAAGCCAAAAGUCCGCUCCAGUAGCCAUGUUUGGCGAGUAGCACCGUUCUGUCGGGAAAAUAAUGAGCACAAUGCCGGUGGCAUCGCUAAACUAAAAAAAAUUGAUUUAGCCGCGACACAAUUCAUUUUCUCGGCGGCGAUGCGAUUUUCGCCGCAACAGAAUGCUCAUUAUUUUCCCUACAGACCGAUAUUUUCACCCUCGUUCCAGCCCGUCAACUUGUCGCCGCUCCUCAUCACGCCCGGCAUCCUCGUUCUCCUCGCAUUCUCCGUCAGUCGGUUCUACAAUGAGUUCAAGCUGAUGAGCCAACCGUAUCGUUUCGUCUUCUCCGCUCUGAUGCCGGUUAUUUGGGCACUCACUCUUCUGUGGUUCGUCCUACUUUUUCGCUCAAAGAAUCCGCUAUUCAAGCUGCUUGUGGAGUGGCCUGGUUGGCAGAGGGUCGCUGUGCUCACACCGGUCGCAUUAGCAUUGCGAGAAAUUGUUUAUCACCUGGUGGCCGGGUUUGGAUUGCCGAUGUUUGAAUUCUUUGACUCGAAUCAACUGGUAGGUGAAUCGCUAUGUGUAGUAUUUGUCUUUUUAUGAAAUUUUCAGACCGUUCUCCUUGGAAUUCCGAGUUUGGUGAUCAUUAUUUUAAUAUCUACACUACUCCAUGUCACGUUCGUCAUGCCUCUUCAUCAAGUCUUCAACGCAUUUAUCGAAGAAUGA